GCCGCUGGGAGCCUCUGAGUCUCCGGCACAUUCUCUCCAGCAUGCCUCGAGCAUGACAGCAAACUGGUUCCGCUGGUGACGACAAGACAAGGGGGGAAAAGGCGGCGUAACACAACGACACACUUUCGACGAGUCCCCCGAUGGACUUGAGGAGCGACGCGACCGCGGAGGAAAAGUAAAAACAUGGAGGAAGAGACCAGAUGACAGGACGGGUUUGACGUUUCCUGUGAGGAGAAGAUUGACGGAUCCACGUUAUCUCUGAGUCUACAGUAUGGCACGACGCUCUCAGUGCUCCUCUUCUGGGGAUAACCCCCUGGACCCCAACUACCUCCCUCCUCACUAUCGGGAGGAGUACCGCCUAGCCAUCGACGCACUGGUUGAGGAGGAUUUGGAAGGAUACUAUAAGUUCCUCCAGUUUGCGGAUGUGGUGGACUUCCUGUCCACACCUGAGAUUCAGUACAUCCAGGACUCUGUGCAGGUCCCAAAUCAGAGCCACCACCCUGAACAGCACUUUCUGGAGACCGGGGAAGAUGGCUCCUCAGACACUUACUGGCCCAUCCACUCGGACCUGGACGUCCCGGGUCUGGACCUCGGCUGGCCUCAGCUGCAUCAUUUCGUCGGGCCCACGGAGAUCACCACACUGGUCAGCCCCCCCGAGCCCGACAUGCCGAGCAUCAAGGAGCAGGCCCGGCGCCUCAUCAAGAACGCUCAGCAGGUCAUUGCUGUGGUGAUGGACAUAUUUACGGAUGUUGACAUAUUUGCGGAUAUUCUCAACGCUGCCAUGAGGAAUGUGGCCGUCUACAUCAUUUUAGAUGAGCAGAACACACACCACUUCGUCAACAUGGUGACCAACUGCAGGGUCGAUCUGCAGAGCCUUCAAUUUCUACGUGUGAGAACAGUGUCCGGCGUCACGUAUCAAUGUCGCUCAGGGAAAACCUUCAAGGGUCAGAUGAUGAAUCGCUUCCUGUUGACAGACUGCAGGGCUGUGCUGAGCGGAAACUACAGCUUCAUGUGGUCUUUCGAGAAGCUCCACCGCUCUAUGGCGCACCUUUUCCUAGGAAAGCUGGUAUCGACCUUUGAUGAAGAGUUUCGGAUUCUGUUUGCUCAGUCGCAGCCGCUGAUGCUUGACAAAAUGCACGCUCCGAUGGAAGAUUUUAACUCACAAAAGAGGCAACACAUAAGUGAAAGAACUGCACUGCACAGAGAGCCCAGGAAAUUUCUACCGCUGGACACCGGUCAUCCAGAGGAACGGACGAGACAUUCCUUCGAUGAUCGGAUGGACGUGGACUGGAGAUUGAUGCCGCUCAAAAGACAGGAAGCCCCUCAGGGUCCUUCAGAUGUAUACGGUAGAUAUUCUCCCCAGCAACCCCGCAUGGAUCAGCCUUACGAUCAGGGCCCCUCCAGGAUUACCAUGCUCGACAAUCCUGCUUUCAAACGUCACAGUUACGCUGAAGGGGUUCAGGGUCGUUUCUCGAGCCAGUUCCUGCAGCAACAGGGAGUGCAGGAGCCCGAGAGCCAGGGAAGGCAGUUUCACAGGGGGCCUAUACCAGGACCAGAAGCAGACUAUGACAAGUUCUGGAAUCAAGACUUUAAUUCAGAAGAUCAAUACCCUGAACCUGUUAAUUCACAAGAGAUACAACCACCUGAUGGCUUUGACCCAGUGCUUAACUAUUUAGCCUCCACCAGAAAUUUGGACUCUGAUCAGAGCUCAGAUAAAUUACCAUCUUCAGCGGAUUUACCGAUUAGUUCACCUCACCAUAGAAGACAGAGUUCAGGUCAGCCAUAUGUUUAUCAAACGUCUCCCACCCCCUCAAACCGAUCAGAUCAGAAGCAGUUUUCCCAGGAGCCUAGCACUAACCGCAAGGACCCCUCGGUGAAACGAGGGCUGAGAAGCUGGAGGAUUAGCUCAUACCUCAGUGCAUGUGAUAAUCCGGGAGAUGAGGGCCUGUCUAUGGCAACACCUCAGGGACCAGACCCAUUUGAAGAGACGUCAAACCCCGUACAGCAAACAUCUACGGGUGUAGAUUUAACAUUUCCUAAAAUCCCUAACGUCAGAGAGUUCAAGGUACCUACAAUACCCAGGGCAAGUCAGAUGCCAAGUUAUAUCAAAGCCACUGUGCGAGAGAAGCCCAAAAAAGUGCCAGACAAACCUCCUGCAGUGGCAGCAGAAGCCAGAACCACACCAACAUCUUCAGAGUCAUCGUCCACAGCAGAAGUGGAAAAGGCAGAGGAAGUGGAACUGAAAGAGCCCAAACCAACCCCUCUUCUAAGGGAGGAGUCGUUCCGGAGAAUAUACAACGCUGCGACACCAAGGACCUCCAGGUUACGAUCCUCUCUGAUAUUCAGCUCACUCGAUCAGGAUACCAAAACCGCCCAAGGGCAACAGGAUGAGGAAAGUGACAAAAACGAAGCAGAACAGACAAAACUGCCUUUUGUUUCACAGGUUUUGGGAAAAAGGCGAACAAGAGAACCUUUUGAAUGGAGCCGUUACACAAAGUCAAACACUAUUGAUAACUCAGCCACAGAAACAUCCAAGACAGAGGAUGGAAACAGUAAAGCGGAUGAUAAAGAUCCAUCAAAGGUAGAAGAUUCAAAAGAUCUUUCAGAAAACAGUGCAGUGCUGGAGCCUCCUGAAGCUGAGCUGCCCAAACCUGAUCUGCCAGCACAAUCAACCAAAUCUGUGCUCAGCACGUCAUCAUAUAUAGAUAUGAAUGAUCCUGAUGCAAGGUUCAGUUUUUUCAAAGAGCUGGCUGCAAAGCGCAAAGCAGAAAAGGCUGCAGAGGCUGAAAAGAGCAAAGAAAAAGCUCAGAUGAAUCCGACUGAUCUUAAAAACAAGACCGCUGUUAAAAAGGAGGAACCUGGUCCAAAUGUUGCCCCAGAAAAGAUGACUAAUACGUCAUCAUCUGAGGGUGUGUCUGAAAAAAAUGUUACUGCAGAUGAUGCCGGGAAAACAGCAUCCGCACAAGAGUGUGAGUCAUCGGCCAGUCUGUCGUUAGAGGCCAGUGAUGGGACUAAGAAGCAGGCUAGUCUUGAUGAAAAGGAUCCCAGCAGUUUCCAAAGCUGUAAAGAGGAACAAAAGGGGGUUUCUACUGAUUCAAAGAAGAAAGAGCAACAAAUCAGCACACCGGCAUCCUCUUCGUUGGAUUCUGCAGAGACUGAAUCUCCCCUUGAAGACUCAAAGCUGUCAAAACCUGCUGUAACAGAGAGUAGCCUAAGUAAUCAACCUACAUCAACAAACUCUGCACCUACUGAUGUUUCCUCUCCUUUUACCUCAAAAGAGUCCAGUUCUCUCACUCCCAGUUCAGUGGAGGUAUCAGAUGCAUUGGAUUCUAAAACCCAGAUACCUGAAUCAGAACAGGUUUCACCUGCGCCGUUAUCCAAACAACCAACUGGAUCAGAAAAGAGUUCUUCUCACCCUUCAGUUCAAAGCUCUUCCUCUGAUCCCAUCCUGUCAGAUUCUGGUGCACAGAUCCGUCCAAGUCCUCCAGCCUCUAUCUCUGCUCCUCUUUCCACUCCAGAAAAGUCUUUAUGUUCUGAUGUUACCCAAGAAGACUCCGGCUCAACCCCCAAAUCCAGCAUAUUGUCUCCAAAUCUGGAUAAAUCGGAGGUUAAACAAACAGUUAAAGAAACCACUGCAGAAUCAACACCCUCUGAGUCUGUAGAGUCUGUUUCCAUGUUGACGUCAUCUGAGACCCCUUCAGCAGUGGAUUCUUCAAAUUUGGAAUUGGAAAUUUCUCCUGACACAUGUAGCGCUGUUGUAGAACCAGCCACAUCCUCAUUAACGUCCACCACAGUGGCAGACUCUAACGAAUCUUGUGCUCCCACACCUCCAGAAAAAGAUGUCGGUAAAUCAGAAUCUGCUGCAGAGAAGACUGAGGUUCUUGCAUCACCAGAGGACGUCAAAUCUGAUAUCGCAUCUCCAAGUCCUAGCCCUUUAUCACCCAAGUCAGCUCUACCUAAUGUAUCUGAUCUGAAAAGCUCCACUUCCAGGCCUGAUCAAAUUAAGACUACUACUCUCAACCUCCUGCCUGAUACUCCAUCAGAAACAGGCUCUCCUGUCAAACCAGACAUCACUGCUGAUGCUUCCCAGUCCACAUCAAAAGCAUCUCCACAAGAUGCACCGACACAAGCAACCCCACCAUCUGAACUUAACCUGACAGGAUCUGUCACUCCUACUCCUGUUGAAACAGCAUCACCUUCCUCUCCUCUGAGUGAGUCAGUUGGGGAAGCUUUGUCCCCUGAGGCUGAAAAAGCAGCAACCAACAUUUCCUCAUGCAGCCCCACAGACAAACUCUUUCUUCCAAAGCAGGUUGCGACAGACUCGAAUGAUUCUGCAGAAACUUCUAGCCCAACUGAGCCUACCUCAGAAAUUUUAACAGAGCCAGAGCCAACACCUGAAUCUGUGACUUCAGAUAGCCAACCUUCAGAGCCACCUGAACCUGCUGAAGAUAGUAAAUUAGACCAACAGAUGGGAAUGAGCAAAGACCCUGGUGAGGAAAAACCUGAGAAUGUCGAGGCCAAAAACAAAAUAAAUAAAAGUAUUACGCAGGAGUCUGUCAGAAGUGAAAAGAAAAAUGAACAGUUGAGCCAAAACAUCUGCCCGGAGAACACAUCAACCGAAGCCGUUCCUCCGUCACAACAGUCCAAGCAGCCGAAAACCAGCCAGUCUCGCUACCAGUCAUCUACAGCCAACGUGCUCGCGAGCAGCAACCUCCGAGACGACACCAAGCUGCUCCUGGAGCAGAUCUCUGCCAACAGUCAGAGCAGGAACGAGGCCACAAAGGAGGCUCCUGUCACCGACGACGAGAAAGAAGAUGAAGCUGACAAAAAUGCCAAGCGGGAGAAAGAGAGAGGGUCGCUGGGGAGAGCGCAGCCCAAGUCGACACAGGAGAAGGAGAAGCUGCUUGAGAGGAUCCAGAGCAUGAGGAAGGAGAGGAAAGUUUACAGUCGAUUUGAGAUGGCCCCUUAACUGGUAUCCAAGGAUUUCUGAAGAGAAUAAAGUAGAAAGAAGGUGAACUCGUGACCAAAAGUGUGAGUGAUGACCGAGACAUUUUCUCACCAAAAGCACAAACUUUCAAACGGUGAAACUGAUACUAAAGAAAACAAUCCUGCUGCCACAUGACAUGUACCAAAGGACAACUUACUGUGGGGAAGCAGCAGGUUGCUACCAGUGUGAAAAGUACAUGGACUGAGAAUAUGUGUGUGAUCAAAAUAUAUUUUACUGACUGCAUGGGUAAAGUGCAAUGCCUGUCCUUGCCUCUUUUUUUUUUUUACAGCGUAAGUUGUGCUGUAAGUGUUUUUUUUGAGUAAAUGUGAUGUUAAGGUAAAUUGGUGAUUUUGAGUUGGUCAAACUGUAACAUACUGUUGUGAAUGAUAGUAUUUCUCUAUCGUGUUAAACAAAGGAUGGUGAUUUUGACAAGUAGUUGUGUAAAAGGUAGAUCUGUAAACCCAUAUCCAUGAUAGGCGGUUAUUGUUCUGAUGUAAAUAAACUAACUUAAAUUCUUUGUCAUCUGACUCGGCCCUUGAAGCAGAAUACCAGCUUAAACAUGAUUUACCUGCAGUGUCACAUUGUACAAUAUGUUUUCUACAGAAUAUUAACUUAAAAGAGGUUUAAUUUCGGUCUUAAAACCUGCUUGUUCAGCCAAAUCACCCAAAGUAUUUGUUACAUAGGAAAGUUAAUAAAAAAAUGUUAAGAUGAUUUGUGAAACAAAGGUGAAACUGUGUUAGAUGUAAGUUUUUAUGAGGUAUUGUAUUGUGCUGCAACCAACUCUUUUCUUGACCCAGUGAUUUUUUUUUUUUUAAACGAAAAGCUGUCAUACCUGAAUUGCUGAAACCUGCUCAGAGGUUGAACAGUAUGUGGAGUACAACAGUUACACACUUGUGAGUGAGUGUGAAUGAUUUAUGACGCCUGAUUUAUGAUGCCUGUCCUCAGUAACAUUUGUCAUUUGUAAAUAAAAUUUCUUACAAAUA